AUGUUAAGAGCUGGCCAGCGCUGCCCAGACGUUCCAAGCGUAUCAAGGAGGGCAAACAUUGCUGAAGGUCACGUAAGCAUGCCUGCUGCAGGCGUUGCGACCCGUGAUAUGCUCACAGCAAGUGCCGCGGCACAUCCUGCGCAAGCCUUACUCAUCGGGGCGGUAGCACCGUGCGAAUCUGGCCAAGGUUGGGUGCCCGAGCUGACAUAUGCCCAGAAUGACCAGCAUUCAGCGGCAAGCAAAGCUGCCUCUCACAGUUUGACAAGGCGCUACAGCGCAUGGCGGGACCGAGAAAGGUCGUUAGAGGUGAUGCGAGAGCCCUGGCUUACGACCGACGCCAAUGCUGUGGCAAAUCCUGCAAAAACCUUGUGGCUGCGCGAGCAGAUCUUCUGA